GAAGGGAAAGCCUGCGAUUGAGAAAGAUGGCGUAUUUUCAGCAACAGGGGUAUGGACAACCUCAGGGCCCUCCUCCUGGUGGCAUGGAUCAAGGAUUCCUGUGGAAUGUGUUCCAAAAGAUUGAUACUGACAGGAGUGGUGCCAUCUCUGCCUCAGAGCUUGGACAAGCUCUGACCAAUGGAACAUGGACACCAUUUAACCCUGAGACUAUCCGUCUGAUGAUUGGGAUGUUUGACCGGGACAAUUCUGGAACCAUCAACUUUCAAGAGUUUGCUCAACUUUGGAAAUAUGUAACUGAUUGGCAGAACUGUUUCCGUACCUAUGACCGUGAUAACUCGGGAUCCAUCGAUAAAAAUGAGUUGAAAACAGCCAUGACUGGUUUUGGAUAUCGCCUUUCUGAUCGAUUCUACGACAUCUUGGUGCGGAAAUUUGACAGACAGGGAAGAGGAACUGUGGCCUUUGAUGACUUCAUACAGUGUUGUGUUGUCCUGCAGACGUUGACAGCAGCUUUUCGACAACAUGAUACAGACCAAGAUGGCUGGAUUCAAAUAGGUUACGAACAAUUCUUAACACUGGUAUUCAAUCUCAAAUCCUAAUGUGACUCGUAAAACAAAUUGUGAGUUUAAUUAUGCCAUGUAUAGUGCUAAGUACAUACGGUGUAUUUCUGAUACAUAUGUUUACAUACCUAUAUAUAUAGAUGUUGUUAGAAAAACCAUUUGUAGCAUAUAAAACUAAAUUUUUGUCCCAACAUUUCAAACUUAUAGUAUAUACUUUAAUUAAAUUUCAAAUUGCAUUAUAAAAUGUUAAUCCAAAUUUUGAAAAUAUAACACUGUUAUCAUGUGUGCUUCAAAACCUCUUCAAAGACAACAGAUUAAGUUGAAAUGUGUAUUAGAACAUGUUUAUUCAAACUUUGUGAAAAUAUACUGUUUUUUGUGCUUCAAAACCUCAUCGAAUAAUAAGUAAUUAUAUAAAUAAUGCUUCAAUACUUUGUGUUUGAUUAUUUUGUAAUUUUUUGUAUGAACUUAGUGCUAUUAUUUUCGAGUCGUGUUAAACCUACAUAUAUAUUCAAGAUAUCUCCAGUACAUCUUAAUAUAUAAUCAUAUUUACUAACAACAAACAAUAGUAUAGGUUUUAAUAGCAAGCAAUCAUAUAUAUACGUAGUAGCUAUAAUCUACAAUCACAAAGGGACAGUAUUCUCCACAACAUGUGUUUUGGUAGGCCAAAUUCCAGUCAGUUUGUAAAAUUAUUGUCGGUUAUUAUCAAAGUAAGUGAAAAACAUAUACAUUGUAUAUCAGGAGUAUUUUAAGAAUCAAGUACAAUGGGGCAAGGGAGGUAACUACAUGAACUGAACAGAUCGUGUACAGUUGCAUAUUAUAGAUUCAGUGUUUAACUGGUUGUAAAGACAGAAAUUCAAUUAACACAAAUGCCGAUAUUUUCAAGAUAUAUACAUUAUUUUGAAGUUCAUAAGUAAUUGCCUUGCAGUAAACCAUUAAAAAAAAUAAUACAUUGAAUAGAAUUUUUUUAUGAUCUGUAAUAUUUCCACUUUUUCAACCUUAACAAGACAUGAUUUACUUAAGUUUGCUUGUCACUUGGUUAAUUGAAGUAUUUGGCAUAAAAUGUCCAAAUUAGACCAGAACAAAAUAGAUAAAUUUUAGAUUCUGCUCCUGUUGGCUAUGUGGUUGUAUAUAUUCAUUUAGAUCUGUCAUAUUGUUUAUACUGUUGCUUGUUAAAUUUAGUUUGUACCUACAUGUAAUACAUUUAAUAAUCAGCUGUUAGCCCAUGGAGCUGUUCUGUAGUCUCCGGUUUCUGUAAUUGUGAUGUAAUCAUAUGAUUAUGGUUUGCUUUAAGUUGUUCUUUGGUACAGCAUCAACACUUAGCCAUGUACUAUACACAAAUACAGGGUCUUAUUUUCUGUCAUUUCAGACACAAUACUUCAGUAUAUGAAAUGUAUCUAACAUUACAAUGAGAAGAUGUCUAUCAAAAUUCUCUGGAUAACUGCAAGAGUCAUAAUUUUGAAUGGAAAUUCAAAUUCUGGAAUGUUCAUACACCUAGUUUUAUUGUGUACACUCUUUUGUACAUUAUGCAUUCAACAGACUUAGUGAAUUUAAUUUGUAGCUGUUUGGAUUGAAGAACUAUUUCAAAGCUAUACAGUUAAACUCUGACAUGUUGGUAUUUCUCAGUUUUCUCCUAAAGAAAGGACAAAUACACAACAGCAGGGAAGAUAUUUAUAUGUUAAAACUAUUACAGUUUGGAAUCCCUUUGGUUCAAUAUUUAGCAGAAUUCUAAAAUACAAGGAUUACAUUGUUAAGAAUAUAGCAGUACAAAAUAGCAUUACGUUUGAACAUAUAUUUAAAAAUCAGUGGAUAUUUUUGUCUCUAUAUGCGAUGUUUGAAUUGUACACAUGGACUUAUUGUAAUUCUGUAUAAUGAUAUGAAAUUAAACCUCUAUUGACCAGUU